UUGGGGUGGGACUUGCGGGCGGGGACAGAGCUGCACGCCACUUGAACUGCUGAAAUGUGAUGGACCCGGGAGGGGGAGUUCCAGACUUGUAUCAAGCUUCGCAGGAGUCGAAGGCGAGAAGCUCAAAAGGGAGGACGACUAGGGAGAGCAGGUCUAUGCAGGGUCACCCGAGCGAGCCGGGACUUUACUCGCUGCCGAGCAGCCUGAAGAGGAGCGCCAGCCCGCUAAGCCGCCGGGCUGACUCUUCCAAGUCCUUCUGUAACAUGCCAGAAGCCUCCGGGACUCGGCUUUGCUGAACUCUGGUGGACUUCUCUGCCUCUUCCGCGUGGAUCUAAUGACAGGUCCGAAGCGCUAAGAGCGCCGGGCGAACUUGGUUUUGCGAGGCCCUUCGGAAGAAGGUCGCAAGUGGGAGGAUCUGCGUCCCAGAGGCAAGAGGCGCCGGGGCUGCGCUCCGACCUGCAGGUCCUCUCCAGCCAGCCAAAGCCAAGCCAAGCCAAGCCCAGGCCAGUCCCGGCAGGAUGGGGAGCAAGGCCCUGCCGGCGCCGAUCCCGCUGCACCCUUCGCUGCAACUGACCAACUACUCCUUCCUGCAGGCGGUCAACACCUUUCCGGCCGCCGUCGACCACCUGCAAGGCCUGUACGGCCUGAGCGCCGUCCACACGAUGCACAUGAACCACUGGACGCUGGGCUGCUACGCCGCCGCCGCCACCGCGGCCACGGGCGGUGGCAGCAGCGGGCCGGCGGAGAUCAGUCGCUGCUCGGCGCUGAGCGAGAUGGCGGCGGCGCAGGGGCUGGUGGAGCGCUUCCCCUUCCCGGCGCUGCCCUUCGCCACGCACCUCUUCCACCCCAAGCAGGCCGCCGCCAUCGCCCACGUCCUGCCGGCCCUGCGCAAGGAGCGGCCCCGCUUUGACUUUGCCAACUUGGCAGCGGCCGCCACCCAAGAGGACCCCCCCAAGGCGCACCAGGCGGCUGUGGCAGCGGCGCAGGCGCACGGCGAGUUGGCCAAGCUGGGCGGCCCCCUGGCGGCGGCGCUGGGCAAACUUUCCCCGGACAGGAAGCCGGCGCGCGGCAGGCUGCCGUCGAAGACCAAGAAGGAGUUCAUCUGCAAGUUCUGCGGCCGCCACUUCACCAAGUCCUACAACCUGCUCAUCCACGAGAGGACCCACACGGACGAGCGGCCCUACACGUGCGACAUCUGCCACAAGGCCUUCCGGAGGCAGGACCACCUCCGCGACCACAGGUAUAUCCAUUCCAAAGAAAAACCAUUCAAAUGUCAGGAAUGUGGGAAAGGAUUUUGCCAGUCCCGGACUUUAGCAGUUCAUAAAACUUUACACAUGCAGGAAUCUCCACACAAAUGCCCUACAUGUGGAAGAACCUUUAAUCAAAGAAGUAACCUGAAAACUCACCUUCUCACCCAUACAGACAUCAAGCCCUACAACUGUGAGCAGUGCGGCAAAGUGUUCAGGAGGAACUGUGAUCUGCGGAGGCACAGUCUAACUCACACCCCACGGCAGGACUUCUAGAGCAGCCGAGAACAGGGAGCUAACUCUGGCUCAAGGACUUGAACUGUAGAGAGACCUUUAAGCCCGCGCUCAGGUGCAUGCGGGCCCGAUCCUCCAUCCCUUGGCUCCGGCCAACUCCUCUAAGGGAAGUGAGGAGGGGGGAGUGGAAGUGACACCGGCCCCACUCUUCUCCCCACACCAAGGACGCAAGCUGAUCUCUUGUAGAUAAUCGCAUCAUAGCUCAUUUUAGAGCUCUGUACAGAACGUGGUGUAAUGUGUUUGCUUCCUUUUGUCUUACCAAAUGCACACUGGUAACAAACAGAAAUCUGGGAGUGAAAAGAAACCUUUUUCAAAGUGUAUUUCAAAAUAAACCACCCCACCCCCCCAA